UGCGGGGGAAAAUGAAUGAGGGAAAACAGGAAGUGGUUCUUGCCAACAUUUUCUCCGCUGCUUUCUCAGUUGAACCUGUGAUUUGUAUUUUCUGAAGUUUAUCGGGGUCUCCUGCAGCAGAGGUGUUUGUGGUUCUGCAGGUCGCUCCGGUCUGUCACUCAUUCAUCGCAGGGACCGGGUCUGGCUGCAGGGUGAACUUUGCUCACACUCACCCGGCAGGCAGCGUCCAAAGGUUUCUCAGCGUGGUCCUUGACGUUUAACGUUGGACUGCGAGAUGGCUGCUGCAUGGCAAAGUGUCCUGUCUCUGCACCAGAGGAUAGUAGACAAUGGAGACAAGAGGACAGACCCGUGGCUGCUGGUCUACUCCCCGGUCCCGGUGGCCAUCAUCUUCCUGCUGUACCUGUGUGUGGUUUGGGCCGGCCCUCGUCUGAUGAAACACAGAGAGCCCCUCGACCUCAAGGGCAUCCUCAUCGUCUACAACUUCUCUAUGGUCGGCCUGUCAGGAUACAUGUUCUAUGAGUUCCUGGUCACAUCCUGGCUCUCGAACUACAGCCUCCUCUGUCAGCCUGUAGAUUACAGCAACAGCCCGCUGGCAGUGAGGAUGGCCAAAGUCUGCUGGUGGUUCUUCUUCUCUAAGGUCAUAGAGCUCAGUGACACGCUGUUCUUCAUCCUGAGGAAGAAGAACAGCCAGCUGACGUUCCUCCACAUUUACCACCACGGCACCAUGAUCUUCAACUGGUGGUCCGGAGUCAAGUAUGUGGCUGGAGGACAAUCAUUCUUCAUCGGCCUGGUGAACACCUUUGUCCACGUGGUGAUGUACUCUUACUACGGCCUGGCUGCCCUCGGCCCUCACAUGCAGAAGUACCUGUGGUGGAAGAGAUACCUGACGUCUCUGCAGCUCGUGCAGUUUGUGCUGUUCCUCCUGCACACCGGCUACAACCUGUUCACAGACUGCGAUUUCCCCGACGCCAUGAACAUGGUGGUGUUCGGCUACUGCGUCACCCUUAUCGUCCUCUUCAGUAACUUCUAUUAUCAGAGCUACCUCAGCAAGAAGAAGCAGAAAUGAGACGCAGGGUGAGGUGUCCUGUGUCUGCAAUACUCACUAAUCUCCACUAGACAGAACAACAUACUGACAUUUUUCCUCAAGGUGCUCGUGAUUUUAUAUCUUUAUAUUGAGAAAUGACAAACAUUGAAAUGAAGGCUGCAAACAAACUUAACACUUGAUAAUAAAGUAGUUCUUUUUCUUUUGAAGAAGUAAAGAGAAAAGUCCAAAACUAUCAGAUGGAGGGACACAGUUAAGCUACAAGUCGCGCUUGAUCGUUUACUUCAUACCGACAUGUUCAACUAAUUUGAAGCAUUUGUGCAUUUUUUAUGUAUUCUCUAUAAAGCGUCAACAGGACUAGAUUGAAGUCUAGCAUAUGGCUUUACGUUUAUUUCCUCAGUUGUGGGCAAAUGUUUACAGUAAUGGUCAGUGGUGGUGUGUCUAUAAUUCCUGCAUUUGAAAUGUUUCUGUAAUGGUCCCAGUUCAGUUUGCUCUCACAAUAGAGCUAGCCUAUCAUGCGACAUUGUUAAGCUACAUUUGAGGCAAAUAAGUGGGUCAGCUUUACUGUAAUAAAUUCAACAAUAUUAUACAGCAUUUUUAGAACUUGUUUUUUCUUGAUUACCCAUAAUAAAGUGUUGCUGUUUCAGUCACUUAAAACAC